CUCACUGCCGAAUCCCCCAAUUCAUUUCUCAGCCGAAAAUCGAAACCCUAACUUUUUGCGACCUUGAAAAUGGUGAGGGAGGAGCCAGCCAACAAGAUGCGAUGGGGGGAGCUGGACGAGGACGACAGCGAGGAUCUGGAUUUCCUGCUGCCGCCGAAGCAGGUUAUCGGCCCCGACGCGAACGGGAUUAAGAAGGUUAUCGAAUACAAAUUCGGCGACGACGGAAACAAGGUUAAGAUAACCACCACCACGCGCAUCCGCAAGCUCGCCAACGCUCGCCUCAGCAAGCGCGCCGUCGAGCGCCGCUCCUGGCCGAAAUUCGGCGAUGCGGUGCACGAGGAUGUCGGCAGCCGCCUCACCAUGGUUUCCACGGAGGAGAUCCUCCUUGAACGCCCCCGCGCCCCUGGUACCAAAGCAGACGACGCUAAAUCUGGUGGCGAUCCUUUAGCUCAAGUGGGGAAAGGAGGAGCUGUGCUCAUGGUAUGUAGGACUUGUGGGAAGAAGGGUGACCAUUGGACCUCAAGAUGUCCGUACAAGGAUCUCGCUCAACCAAGUGACACCUUUGUUGAUAAGCCACCAACUGAAACUAAUCCUGCAGCAGGUGGCACAAAGGGUGCUUAUGUUCCUCCUAGCAUGAGAGGAGGUGUUCCCGAGAGGAGUGGUACCGACAUGCGGCGCAGAAACGAGGAGAACUCGGUCAGGGUUACCAACCUUUCUGAAGACACAAGAGAGCCUGACUUGCUUGAGCUUUUCCGGCCAUUUGGUUCAGUUAGCCGAGUUUAUGUUGCCAUUGAUCAGAAGACUGGGACAAGCAGAGGUUUCGGUUUUGUCAAUUUCGUCAACAGAGAAGAUGCCGAGAGAGCCAUCAACAAGCUUAACGGGUAUGGGUAUGACAAUCUCAUUCUAAGAGUUGAAUGGGCUGCUCCUCGGGCGAACUAGUUGUUGGAAUGAGUGAUUGCACCUAAUGAAAUACUACUAUUAAGAUGAAGAUUAAGACAGUUUGUUUAUUUGAUGAAUAUUAAGUUCAAGAUUAUUAUAGUUUCUUUA